GAUUAAACCAGGAUUAAACCAGGAUUAAACCAGGUGGUUCAGAGCUGAAACCUGCUCAUCAUCAUCGUCAGACUCUUCAUCAGUUCCACGUCUGAUUGGUUUCUAAUAAAACGGUUUCAAACAGAUUUAUUAAUCAUCAGAUAAAGAGUUUAAAGUUUAAAAUCAUUCUAAAAACAACAGAAUCUUUCAGCUUCUCUCCUGAGUCUGGUUCUGGAGGUCCGUUAGAGCUCAGAACUGGUUCCAGAGCGGCACCUGCAGUCGUGGAUGAGCCGGUCCUGAUGAUCAGAACCAUCAGAAGCUGUUGGUGUAAAUAAAAAUCUAAAGCUGUAAAUACAAGCUGGCAGAGAGAACCGGAUCGUAUCAGAACUUCAGAUGAAAUCGGAUCAGCAGAACCAGAACGUUAUUAUGUAGAGAAGAACUUUUUCUUCAACGUUUCUUUUGUUUGACGUUAUUUUGUGUCUGCAGACGUGUUCCUGUUUUUAUUUGUGAAACAUUUGGACCAGAACCGGAGGAAGUGAACGGGUCGUCGUUUGUUCUUCAUAACAAACUUUUUUGAGUUUAAAGAUUUUUCUGUUUUUCUUUUUUGUUGAACUUUAUGAACCGUUUGUGGUUUGAUGUCAGAAUAAAGUGUUUUUUCUUCUGUCUGAGCUGGAUGAGGUCCUGUGACCCGGUGACUCGGGUCAGGUGACUCGGGUCAGGUGACUCAGGUGUUCCUACAGAUAAAGUUGAUCCUUAUUUUAAAACCAAAGAACAAAACUAAAAACUUGUUUACAGGCAGUCAUCAGCCAUUACAUUAUGACCACCUGAAGAUCUUCUCUGGACCUCAGAGGGUCUGCUGCAGAUGUUCUUUGAACCAUUAGGGGGCUCUGGAGGACUCCUGAAGGUCUGGAGACUCCUGACAAAAUUUGGACAGAACAGGGUCAGACACUGGACCUGAUCCUGAUGAGUUCUGACAGAUGACUGGUUGUCCUCUACUCCAGGAGGUCUCUUCUGAUCCAGGAGGUCUCAGAUGAUCCUGGAGGUCUCAGCUGAUCCUGGAGGUCUCAGUUGAUCCUGGAGGUCUCAGAUGAUCCUGGAGGUCUCAGAUGAUCCUGGACGUCUCAGCUGAUCCUGGAGGUCUCAGUUGAUCCAGGAGGUCUCAGAUGAUCCAGGAGGUCUCAGAUGAUCCAGGAGGUCUCAGAUGAUCCAGGAGGUCUCAGUUGAUCCAGGUGGACUCAGAUUACAGGACCAUGCAGGUCCUUGAGGUACAGGAGGAGUUCUCAGGUGUCAGGUUUCUGUGAGCCAGGAUUCGGUUCUAGCCCACAGAUCUGGUCCUGGAUCCAGACUGCAGUUUUUCUUUAGAUCUGAACUCUCGCGAUGUUUCAGACUCUCUGAAUCCAGUUUUCUGCCUCAGGGUGUUUUUUGUUUUUUUUACACCCUGACAGCGGGAACGUGUCUGCGCGCGCCCGACGGGUGCGCGCAACUGCAGCAGAUCCGCGCGGAGAGGGCGCGCGCACGCUCCCCAUCACUUCUCAUCCCACAGAAAAAGGUGGGAGGAGGGGACCGCGAGAGGCUGGCGGACCAUCGGAACCUCUGCAGCAUCCGAACCGAGACCAGGAUCCGAACUGAAACCCGCAGAUAGCCGCGGAGGCUCAGAAAACCGACUGCACCCAAACGCAGCAGGACGGCUCCUCCUCAGGUGAGCCAGGAAGGGUUCUGAAGAACCACCGUCGAUCGGCCGGACCCGAACAGCAGCCCGCCCCGAACCAUCAGAACCGGGCAGGUACCGCUCUGCGCCUCACGUCCUCGGUUCCUCUGACCGUGGGUUCGGACUGUGUGGAUCCGGAGACUCGGUUCGGUUCCGGAGCUCGGUGUUCCUGCAGUCAGAGAGCGCCUGGGGGAGGAGCGGGCCGGUUCCGAACGGUUUAUAGCAGAUUCUGGACUGGGGGAGCWCCGAGACCCGAGGAGGACUCUGCACCACGUCCAUGGACCCGGACCGCUGAUCCACAACAGCCCAGAACCCACAGGGUCCGCCCACACCUGUCCAGUCUGUCCAGACCCGACCUGCAGGGUUCGGAUGAUGUAGGAUCCAGCUGCCCCCCCUCCCCCACCCCCCCUGAGCACCUCGGAACCACCGCCCACCACCAGAAACCCGGAGACCCACCAUGCCGGCCGGGAUGAAACCUCUGGAGAAGUUCCUGAAGAAGCAGACCACGGCUCUGACCCGGGCCGGGGGGUUCGGGGGGGUGGCGGACAAGUCCACCGGAGGGACCGGGGCGUCCCGGAGGAGGGCCAGUCUGUCCCGGGUCGUCCCGUUCUUCAGGGAGACCUCACCUGAGAGCGGCCACGCGCGGGAGGUCUUCAGCCCCGACAGCGAGGACCCCCCGUCCUGGCCUUCAGCUACAGGGACCGGUCUGGUCUCCGUACCCAGCAGUGCUAAUGGCUCAGGUUCUGGUUCUGGUUCUGGUUCUGGUUCUGGAGGAGGAGACGUCCGCAGCCCGUCCCUGUCCAGUGACGAGCAGAGCUCCGAGGCCAGCCUGAUCACCGACACCAGCAGCUCUGGAGGAGGAGGAGGAGGAGGAGGGGGGGGGACGCCUCUUCAUCCCGACACUCCAGACAACCUGACGCUCGCCGUGCUCGACAGCGUGGCGGGAAAACGCUUCGGUCACUGUGCAGGUGAGACGCUUACCUGAGUGGGAGGAGCCAGAGAAAACCAGGCUCACCAGGUUCUGAAUGCAUGGAAAGUUAUCAGGUUUGACCUUUAGCCUGCAGAGGAUUGUUGUUGUUUACAGGUCACAUGUUGUUGUUUACAGGUCACAUGUUGUUGUUUACCCCAGGUUUAAGGUUUACUUGUUGCCAUAUUGUAACAAGUAAAGGUAAAGGUGCUUUAUUUGUCAUC